AUGGCGCCUAAGAAACUUACUGACUGCCCGGAAAAUCUACGGGAAGCCAUCGACUGGCUCAUACAGGUCAGGCAUGGUGGCGAUGGUAAUGGUCUUAAGCAUUUGGCCAAAGCUUUGCAAAAGCUGAUUGAAGGGGCGAUAAGGGAUGCCUACAAUAGUAUUGUUGACAAGUAUGCUAAGUCUCUUGAACCAUCGUGGAAAACAAAGGAAUGUUGUAAGGUUAAAUUUUCGGCGAUUGAUGAAAUUCAAAAGCUGCUUAAGCAACCUAAUUCUCUUGAAAAUGCACCUUUAAAUGAUCAUUUAAAGCAACUUACAUAUGAUAAAGAAUCCUGUGAAAAGAACCAUUAUGUUGAGUCCUCCAAAGAUACAGCUUUGAAGGAUGUUGACUCAAAAUUGUCGGAACUGAAAAAACUUCAGCGAAACCUUGGUGGGCUUAUUGAGGAUCCCGAGACCAUUCUAACGCAAUUGUGCGCCGGCCUCGAGACUUUCCUCGGCUUCAACUCUGCUACCAAAGGCUACGACGGCAGUGGCAUUGUGUACUCCGACUUGGAUAGGCUGUGUGACGGGGUGAUGGGAUUUUUGAGUGGUGUGCUUGAAGCAGUGAAAGAUGAUCCAAGCGUUACUACGUAUUAUAAAGAUAUGGGUGCGACGCUUCGAAUAAUUAAAGAAAGUAUGUACACUCCCAAUGGAUUGUCUGAGGCCAUUAAAGCUGUGAGCCAGGCGCUGCGGGAGUGGGAUGAGGAGCUGGGGAUCAGGGCAAAAAAUGUUAGUGAUGCUUUAAAGACACUUAUAACACAUAGAUGUGAUGCCUUUAGCGGCGCGCUUCAAAAUCUUAAAGCAAUUGCAUAUGAUGAUCAGUUUAAGCAUAUCGGAGCCAAGCUAUCAAACUGUAUUGGCACCGCCGGCGAAAUGUCUAAAGCGUUUGAUGCCGCAAAAUUAGCGUAUUCUAAUCUUGAUCCCGAGCUUCGUAGGAAGCUUCAGGGCGCAAUUGGUAGAGCGGAGGUGCAAGUUCGGGCGUUCAUUGUAGCAGCCAGCAAUGACGAGCUUAAGGCGGUGGUGGAGUGCAGUGAGUAUCAAUUGAAGGAGCUGGGAGAUGAGAUACAUACGAAAGCAGAACUACUUGUGGGUCAAAUGUCCACGAACAUUAAUACACAUUUUGAAGCAAAUAUUAAGAAACCUUUAAAUGAUGUGAAUGAGAAGUUAUCUAUGGUUCAUAGAGAUUUGGUGAAGUGGGUAGAGGCGGCUGAAAAGUUUAUUAAAAUUAUUGAGCAGCAGGUAACUGCAAUUAUAAACGAAGUUGAACUAGUGAAAGGAAAGCCGCACGAAAUUAGUAGCGCGGCCAAGGCAAUUGAGGCUCAAGCAACCAAGCUGCAUACACAAUUUGAACAGUUAAAAAAAAAGUACGAUGAGGUUAUUACGACAAUUAAGGGGAAUAAAGGAGAUGGAGAAGAAAAGGAAUGCGUCAUACGUCUGCUUGAUGAUGUACAUAGCAAGGUGAAUGAGCCGAGUGAUAUUGCUCAGUAUAAGCAGAAGGGCGGUGAUUGGGGGUUGCAAAACAAUAUUGAGCCGCUCGUAGCAAAAAUUAAGAAAAACGUUGAGGAUGGAGUCGGAACGCUGGUAACGGCUUUGGAACAGGCGGUUAUUGUGGCUACCAAUGACAAUCCCAUUAAUGGUGAAUAUCCCGGUCUUAAAGUUAUGCAAGUAAACGCUUUGGGUAAGAUCAGAGAGGUGGGAGCGUCUCUUGGGACCGCCAUCCCAGACCCAACUCCAACAGGUCCUGGAGCCAAGCUGGAAAAGGUAUUGAACCAUCUUAACAGCGCCAAGGUACUCUGGACUCAAAUCACACAAAACAUCACCCGCCAAAUUUUCGAAGGGGUGAAAAACGAGCUAGCAACGAGGGCCAACGCGGUCGAUACGGAACUCGGCGCACUCCUACAGGCUGCGGCCAUUAGCGGUGCGACGAAUCUUCAUAAUGAGGUUAAAAGAAUCGUUAAUGACAAACUUAAGAAUAUUAAGAAUGAAGCAUCUGAACUUCUUAAAACCGCCAAAUCAGCGGAAUCUAUAAUAAUAGAGAGAGCCGGCGUAGUCGAAAACAACCUUAAACAACUCUGUAAAAAAAUCGAGGAACUUGCCGGUAAUGGGCUUGAAGACAGGGGUCUCAAGCAGAAACUUUUGAGUAUGAAGAGUAUAGUGAUGGAUACACUACACGGUGAGGUUAGUUAUUCCCUAAACGGCAUUCUAACGCGUAUUAAAGGUAUUAUCAACAGUAAUACAGAAGGCAAUUUACAAGCCAUAGUCUCACACGUUGAAGCUUUCAAGACCGCUAUUAUCGAUAAAGAAGUGCAAGAUGUUAACAGCAACAUCCAAGCCUUAGUCGCCAACAAAGUCUGUGAGGCGACUAAGGAAAUUCAGAAGAAGGCCAAGGAUGAAUAUCACACCAAGAUUAGCACAAUGUUUAAUACUAUGAAAACCAAAGUGGAAUACAAUAUUUUGGAGAUCAAUGAUAUCAUAGAGGACGAUUCGGAGAGUGGAGUUAAAGGCUUACUUCGCAAAUUGUAUGACAAACAAGGCGGAAGACUGGCUUCUCUAAAGCAUCCUAAAGAACGGCAGAUCAAAUUUGCGUUUGCAGAAAUGUCGAAAAAAAUACAGGACUACCUUGAUCGUAUAUUGUUGUAUACUGAGGACCAAGUGAUGACCCCGCCCCCGCCUAAGCUGAGGGUUCAGAAAACACCAACCGAACAAUCAGAACAGGUAAAAAUAAUAAAGGGGAAUCUCGACAUUCUGCUUGAUGUACUCCAAAAGUCGAACCAUUUCGAUCAUCAAUUUUCGUAUAAUUAUCAGAAACUCGACACAACACUAAGCGCGCUUCAUCCUAAAAAAUUCACCACCAGGGAUAGUCCGGAGUUGCUUGACACUUUGUCAAAAGGGAUGAGCGGUUUGACUCGGGAGUUACAGAAGGUAUACAUUUCCACAUAUUCUGGUUCAUUCAAAUAUUUUGUAUGGAACGGAGAAGUGGGUAAUAAGUGUGCUAAAAUAGGUUUAACGUUGAUUUCAAUUUUAUACGACGGCCUCAGUAGGUUGCGCAAGGAAUGUGAUAGUAAGUCGGGCAGUAAAUGGAAUCAUAAGCCUAUAAAUCUGGGUAAAGACAAUGGUCUUGGAGCGUUUUUAGAUAGGCGUGGUUUCAUCGUUUCUUCAGGAACUGACGAUCAGAAUGGCGAAUUGCGAAACGAGAAGGGGUGCAGAGGCGACCUAAUUUCUGAUGUUCUCCUCAAGCAUAAUCUUGUAAGCGAGUAUGACGAUAACGAAACAAAUAAGGAAAGCUGCAGUACUCUAAAGAUGUGUGUCGACUACCUGCACGAGUAUUACCAAGUGCGUCACCUAUCCUCUUUAGGGUCACUUAAGCAUCCCUCAACUAUAUACGAAAUGCUUUGUUGGCUUAGUGGUCUACCACAUAAUCUCACAUACAAGUAUCUUAAGACAUACGUUAAAAACAUUUUCCAAGUGUCUGAUAAGCGACAUCCAUUCAUUGGCGCCUAUCCCCAUCCAUUGUCUUCCAAGAACAUACUGGAUCUGCUGAAGCAUAGUUGUUCGGAAUCGCACGCCAUAAUAGUCGCAAUUCUCGGCAACGGUCAUGUUGGUGGCAUCUAUGCUUGCGAUUUUUACACCAACGAAAGUGGUCUACUAUAUCCCACCGAUAUGAAUAGUUUAAUAUGUAUGCUGCAUGACAUUCUAAACCGUCUUUAUUUCCAGCUCUAUUUCUUAUACCAGCAAUGUGAAUACGACACUUCUCUGAGUGGUUGGCUUGAUUGCGAAUAUGGCCGAGGCGUAGGUGGCUCAGGUUGGCGGUGCAACGUCGACCAAUGUGCCAACCAAGCGUGCAACCAGAAGGGUGAGCAAAGGGCUAACCAAAAUGAUUACCAAAAGGCUGACCAACGAUGUCAAGAGUACCCUAAGUGUGGUGUUAAAUCGCCAUUGCAGUCGUUCCUCGAAGAUGGUUUGCAAGGGUUUCUACCGCAUCAUCUGAAAUCAGAAAGAGGAAAACUGGAGUGCUCGCUCAAGAGUCACUCUGGCUUACCAUGCAUUACUCCAAUGGGCUUCUCCGGUAUCAGUCAGAUGGCAUCGCACAGGGAUACGGGCCAACGUAUUCUUGAUGCGCUUGGCGGUUACUGCGGACAUCAGUCAUCUCCCCUCACGAAGUUAUGUAGCCGAUUGAAUUGCCUCCUUCCUAGUGUACCUAAAACUCUCGGUGACCUUUUUGCGUUUUACCAUCAGUUCCUUAUUAAUUGGAGCGGUGAACAUAAGAAAACCGCAUUUAACGAUUGUGUCACUUCAGCUAAUCUCGGCCGUGAGUAUGGUGCCAUGAACGAAUGCGCCAUGCUGUUUGAAUCAACGGAUCAUUCGACUUCUCAUAAUUUGGGCGACUUCAAUUCGUUAUUAACCGUAGACAAUGCGUGUUAUGUUAGUAACGGCAAAUGUGGCGCAUAUCUUGAUUCCUUGAGCUAUGAGAUAUGUGGUACGUUUAGCAAACGUAAUGCGGCCUUGUAUCUCUCCUGGAUGGUAUAUUUAACAGAGACAUUGUAUGAUCUAUUUUAUAAAUUGUUGAAGGAAUGUGAAAACAACUGUGGUAGCGGUGAAUCCAAGUGCCGAAUCACCGGAUGUGAUAAGAACUAUUGUUUCGCAUUCAAACCACAAAUAGGGCAGGAAAUCGGUCAAAUGCAUACUCAACUUUGCAACUCCAUGCUCUCCUGCAGCAUGACAUUUCCAACAUUAUAUUCCUUCGGAUUAGUAUUUGGCGGAAGACGCCAAUUAUCCGGUCGUAAUCACAACAAUUAUAUAAUAAAACGUUCUUGCAAAGAUUUAGUUCAGCAACUACAGAUAGUGCUUAAUGAGCGAAGUAUAUUAUCCAAAAUAUUACACGACACUAUUCCCAACUUCCUCUGGACCAUUCGACAACCCUUCUCCUACCUCAUCAUCACCUGGUGGUCACUGUCUCUACUCUACCUAUUCUACGUCCUCCUCGUCCGCCUCGACCUGCUCCACAUCAAAUCGCAUUUGCACUCACCAUCAUCACAUCGUAUCGCUGCUCAAUCACUACUUGCCGCCGCACGUGUCGGCAGGCUUGCCAAGAUAUUCUAUCUGCAACCUUGA